AUGAGUCAGAAUGUGCAAGAAGCCACUGCUCGUGCGGUGGAGGCCUGUCAGCGUGGUAGUAUGGAGGCUUUGGAGGCGGCACUGCUAGAGGGUGUACCACCAAAUGCCACAGAUGCUGACGGUUGCUCUUUGCUUCAUUGGGCCGCUAUAAACAAUCGACUGGAGAUCAUAUCAAGGUUGCUCGAUCUUGGUGCGGAUCCGAACGUAGUCGGUGGACUUUUAGUGUCAUCACCAUUGCAUUGGGCAGCGCGUGUGGGACACAGCAACAGUGCUGCACUACUUGUCAAAGCAGGCGCUGUUGCGAACGUACGCGACACACAAGGAUAUGCUCCUAUUCAUUUGGCGGUACAAACGAACCAGUCCACGCUUGUCGCAUACUUAUUGGAAAAAUUUGAAUAUUGCAAGGAUAUUACAGAUAAUAGUGGAAUGACACCUGUUAUGUGGGCAGCGUACCGUACCUUUGGGAUGUUCCCAAUACGUUUACUUGUGAGAGCUGGUGCGAACUUGAAUGCACAAGAACAUUUAUCUGGAAAUACCGCUCUUCACAUAGCUGCACAGGAAAGAAACUAUUGCUCUGUGAGAGAGUUACUGGCAGGUAACGCCGAUCCUUUGCUACGUAAUAAGCAGCAAGAAACACCUAUCGAUAUUGCGAAAAAUAUGAGAAACCACCGAAUUAUUAGCAUGCUUGAGGAUGCGUUGGUUGCACGUGAUAGUGCACCGGCCAAAUGUAUAUCUUGUAACAAAUUCCCUAUGAAGAAAUUCAGUCACUCUUCGGGUUUUUUCAUUCCGGGUUUGAUAUUGGCUUUGAUUGCAUUGAUGUUCCAUUUGUUUCACUACAUGGCUGUUGCUGCUAUUCUCGUUCUGGCUUUCAUCACUUUCCAAUGUAUCGGUAAAUUCGACUUCCACACGGCUUCUAAAAGCCUUGUACCUAUCGGGAUUUGUGUUGCUGAACCUGUAUGUAUGGUCGUUACAUGGAUUGUGUUCUCAAAUCCCGGUAUUAUCGAGCCGCAUGAAAACGCACGGAUUCAGUUCGUGAAGAUGCUUGAACAUUGUGAACGCGUCAAUUACUAUGUGUCAUGGAUUUUGAUCAUCAUUGCCCGUGGCUUCAUCAGUGCAUCACAGUUCGCAACCUUCGUAUGUUCCUUGUAUUUGUUGCAUGUGUGGCUAUUUCUGCGGGAUUGUUUUCUUAUGCAUGUGGCCAUCUUAUAUAUAUCAGAAUACUCAGAAACAAUCCAGAUCUCCGAAAAUCUAAGCACAAUGGAUCGCAUUCGUCAUAGCCGUGGACAUCACUAUACUCCCGUAAAUCCAGAGUCGACCGACAGUCUUGCUGAGCCGGCCAUUACAUUUUCCGCUCGUCUUCGAAACAUAGUCGAUUUUUGUAUUAGUUCCUUUUGAUG